AUGUUGGAUUCCUUAGAUGUGGUGAACAAAGAUGAUAUAAUAGAAUGGAUUUAUUCCCUGCAGGUCCUUCCCACAGAAGACAGAUCAAACUUGAAUCGCUGUGGAUUCAGAGGCUCUUCAUAUUUAGGGAUGCCAUUCAAUCCUUCCAAGGGUCCAGGUAUAUCUCAUCCCUAUGAUAGCGGGCACAUAGCAAUGACUUACACAGGGCUGUCGUGCCUGGUUAUUCUUGGAGAUGAUUUAAGUCGAGUAGAUAAAGAUGCUGUACUGGCAGGACUGAGAGCUCUCCAGAUGGAGGAUGGAAGUUUCUGUGCAGUGCUGGAAGGAAGUGAGAAUGAUAUGAGGUUUGUGUACUGUGCUUCCUGCAUCUGCUACAUGCUCGAUAACUGGUCAGGCAUGGAUGUGAAAAAAGCCAUAGACUACAUUAGAAGAAGUAUGUCUUACGAUAACGGCCUAGCACAGGGAGCUGGACUGGAAUCUCAUGGUGGCUCUACAUUUUGUGGUAUUGCAUCACUGUGUUUGAUGGGUAAACUAGAGGAAGUUUUUUCAGAAAAAGAACUGAAGAGAAUAAGAAGAUGGUGCAUAAUGAGACAACAGAAUGGCUACCAUGGACGACCCAACAAACCUGUAGACACUUGCUAUUCCUUUUGGGUGGGAGCAACAUUGAAGCUCUUGAACAUAUUCCAAUAUACAAAUUUUGAGAAAAACCGAAAUUACAUCCUGUCAACUCAAGAUCGCCUUGUUGGUGGAUUUGCCAAGUGGCCAGAUAGCCAUCCAGAUGCUUUACAUGCCUACUUUGGGAUCUGUGGUUUGUCGUUAAUCGGAGAAUCUGGCAUUUGCAAAGUUCAUCCUGCCCUGAAUGUAAGCACAAGAACCUCAGAGCGCCUUCACCACCUUCAUCAGAUCUGGAAAACAAGGACUUUAAACAGUGUUCAGACAACACGCACCGCUCUACAUGACUGAUUUAGACUUGAAUUUAGUUCUGGUAGCAUAAUUGUAGCCCAAGGUUAAAAGCCAUGUAUAACCAAUGUGCUCUUUUAAGUGCUGGAGUCAUACAAUCAGAUCUGUGUUGCUGGCGUCACUUUGACAGAGAGUUGCCUUCAGCAGGUUACUCUGCAUUGUGAAAAAAAAGAAAUAUUUUGAUUAUAUAGAAGUUUGUCACCACAGACUGGAAAUGGCUCUUCAAAUGGCUUUACUUCUAAGAAAUCCCUUGAGGCAUUUAAACUUCAUUUUUAUUUUAUAUUUUUAAAUUUGUGCAUACUGUGUCAAAAUAUAUAAUGGAAAAGUAUUUUCAAAAUCUGUUUACAUAUCAUACAGUAUAGCACAGAACCUUAGAGUUCUUUAUGAUCUUAAUGUUUGACAUAUUUUUGAGUAGAGAGUCUCCCAUAUUAAAUCUCAGUUAAAAGUUACCUUUUAUCGUCUACUUUAAGAUUCCAUAAACUUUGUUUAAAAAAAACCAAAACAAAACAAAAACUGAAGAAAUAAAUACAAAUAAAAUUAUUUUAUUCAA